UGGCUCAAAAGACGCUUCUGACGCUUCUGCCAUGACUCGUGAUGAGCCGUGUCCCGGUGCCGCCCGGCUCGCCGCGGCCACGCUCGGCCCCGCGGCGUUUCCGGCCCCGGAAGCCCGACGGCUACGGCUACGAGAAGUUCGAGAAGCCCGACAAGCCCACGACGCACACGCCGCGCUCCUCUCGAAGCCGUGGUAAAGAGAAUGACCAUCGGGAGGAGACGGAGAAAGAGAAUGUCCUGGGGCCCUUGAUGAAAGCAAUUGCAGGGCUUUGUCAACACCGAGACCGUGGCACCGAAUUGUGGUUUCGCUUGUUGGAACCUUUGCGACGUUUGGUGCUGUGCGAGGAGGUGAAGAUUGUGGUGCGCUGCCUGGGACCACUUCCUCCAGACCCACUGCUGCCCUUCAACCAUGACGUUGAGGCACGGCGGCGUGUGUGUCCAGUGACCUUCGUGGAGACCUGGCCAGCACAGCGGAUCGAGGGCUACGCAGCCUUGACACAGCCGCAAAGCAUCCAGGUGAUGCCUUCACCAUUAGCUGCUCGACACAACUGGGAUCGCUAUGAGAUGGUGCAGCCUCACUGUACAUCAGCGCUUUGCUGCAAAGCCAGCGAAGGCCUCCGAUGCCUGGCUGCUGUGCCACUCCUGGACGCCGGGGGCAACGUUUUGGCCGUGGCUAAGUUCUUCAAUCGCCGAAAAUGGGCGGAUGGUCAAUGGCAUCCAUGCUUCAAGUUUUCGGAAGCAGAUCUGAAUGCGCUCCGCGCCUUCGCGGCGAUUUUCGCUUGUGUCGCACCAUAUCCCUUCCUGGCAUUGCUGGCUGCUCCCUUGGAAAAACCACAGGUGAAGGUCUUCAUCGAUGACUAUGGCAUUCACGCUCAGCUGUGGUGGCAAGUGCCCUAUGAGUUGGGACGUGGACCAUUGAGCCACGAGGUCUUCUACGGACCUGUGGAGCACGAUGAAUUUGAAUGCUGCACAUCUGACGCUGAGGCAAAGACCCUGUGGCGACAUGUGUCUUGCGGCUUCCUCUCGCCCCUCGAGGACCUGGAGGAUGAAGAUUUAACUUUCGAAUUCUCUGUGCCCAUUCAGAAUCAAGGUGUUGAUCAUACCUUCCGUGUGAGGUGCAGGAACCAGCACACGUCGCUGGAUUGGUCGGAACCUUCUUUGCAAGUGUCUACUUGCAUAGAGCCCCCCUAUGCGGAGCACAAGGCGGUUCGGAUGAUUCCUAUGGGCGAGAACACUUUGCAGCUUCUUUGGACUCCAUUCACUCGAAGUGGAGGCAUCAGCUUGGUGGAGUACCGGGUUCUCGCACAGGCGGAGUCCAGCGAAUCAGUGGUUGCUUGCUUCGUCUCGAACGGCACAACCGCCCAAGAGGAAGUGACAGUGUCCUGCUUGCCCAACGUCUCGUACACCUUUGCCAUCGAAGCACGUUAUCCUUUCAUUGGCUCUCGAGUCAACGUUGAGAUGGUCCACUUCACAGAUGAGCUCAAAGGAGCGCCACCCUGUACGUCAGUGAGUUUCCCAAAAAUGGAGUCUGUGGAAUCCUGCCCGGUCGGCGCUCCACCCCAGCACCAGGAGUUUUCUCGGUCUUUGACCAGCGACCGCUUCUGCUAUCAAACUGCUGAUGUGUCCUUGCCUGCUCCCCAGCCACUGGCACUUGAUUCCACCCCGGUGGAAGUGGCUGGGACCUCUGAGGGCACAAUCCCUGUGGUCCUUCGCUGGCCAUACCCCAAGGAGUUUUCGGGGCAGCUGCUCCUGCAAUACCGUGAGGCCUUGCCCGAAAGAGGAGGCGAUCGAUGUCAGGUGUCACUUUGGCAUGAGAUCAAUCCAAAUGCUUAUGUCCAAGCAGAGCUGAGGUCAAAUGAUGAAGCAACACAGGUGCGUGUGCUCCGGCUGAAAUCCGAUGCUCCUCAUGCAAUUCAGCUUCGAGUUCUCCUGCCUCGAGAUCGUGGCACAGCUUCGCCCCCUUCAGCCUGGUUCUACCCGCUCCCUCCACCAACACCAAGUGAGCUGAAGUCGCGGUUGGCCUUUGAAAAUGGUUUUCUUCUCCGGGUGUCUUGGGAACAGAAGAACAAUUCUGCAGUACAUGGAGAGUUGGGUCCAGUGGCGGGUGCCAUCCAACAUGACUUUGCUCGGGGCAACGGACCCAUAGCGACACGCUUCCAGGCUCGCAUCCGCACCGAGGGUGUCGAGGGUGCCAAGGGUGCAUGGGAGGUCUUGGAACCACAACUCUUGCCUCGACUCAGGCAAGUGCUGGAUCGAGAGGCCUACGAGUGGAGCUUGCAUGAUGUCCGCUUGGCAACUGGCCCGUUGGAGGUGCAGUUGCGCCAUGCCAAUGCCAUUCUUUGGUCAAGUUGGUCUGAUAGCAGCAUCAUCCCUGGAGCUGAAUCACCUGUUCCGGUUGGGACACUUGAAAUCGAGGAGUUGACGCCUGACUCAGUGCGGCUAUGUUGGCCUGCCUUCAUCUCUCCAUUGGGUCUUCCGCUGGAGUAUCGAGUUCAGUGCAGCGAUGGUGAUGUAUGGCAAACAGUAAGCGUCGUUGAGGACAUGCGCGAUGGUGACGAUUUGCAAUGUGUUGUCAAGUUCUUGAACCCGCACUGCUCAUAUUCAUUCAGCAUCCAAUGCCGUUACCGAGCUUUGCCCACUUUUGGGGCCAGGCUCAAAGUCGCUCAACUCGGCCGCCGAGAAUGCGCAUCAUAAUAUUGGCGCAAAGACGCCACACAGUUUGUUGCACUGUCUGGGCACUUGCAACACGCAGAAUCCCUGACAAAAUGUGGUGCCUCAUGAAUCGCCUUCUGCACAAGAUGUGCUGGAGGCAAUGUCCAUAAAACGCGUGACCCAAAAUGUGGUGCAAAACUUGAGCAAGCAAGCAUGGCUUUAUUCCGGCAUCCGAAAUUGGAAGGUGGAGUAAAAGUCCAAGCACCCCUUGUGCUGUUGCAGUGUGAAGUUGGCAGCGAAGGAUUCCUGAAGGUGACGCAGACAGACACAGAACCAGCGUAAGCGAGGUUUAGACCAAAGUAAAGACUAUGAAAAGCAUUUUGGACAGCAGUUGGGUCAUGACGUCUUCAUGUCUUGUCA